CCCACCCCCACCGAUUAGAAGACCGCCCACCACAGACAGUCGGCCUGAGACCCUUAUAGAUUUAAAAAGAGAGGCUGCAUUCACAGACUGACAUUCAUUCAACACUGCCUUCUUAAGAAGAUUACUUUACCGCUGCCUGUUCCAAUAGACUCGCUCACUUUGCCUCCAACAUGCUAAGGAUGCUAAAGCAACGCCAGCUCCAGCCGGGCAUGUUUUUCUUACUCGUAUGGCUCUGUUAUUUCAUUGAAGAUCAGAAAGUGUUCGCUGGUAACUGCUGGCUGCAGCAGGGGAAUAACGGAAGGUGCCAGGUCCUCUACCUUUCUGGAAUGAGCAGAGAAGAAUGUUGUAGAGGAGGUCGACUAGGGACCUCGUGGACUGAGGAAGACGUCCCGAAUAGCACGCUGUUUAGGUGGAUGAUCUUCAGUGGUGGAGCUCCAAACUGCAUGCCCUGCAAAGAAACAUGUGACAACGUCGACUGUGGUCCGGGAAAACGAUGUAAAAUGAACAAGAGGAGCAAGCCUCGCUGCGUCUGCGCCCCGGACUGUUCAAACGUGACCUGGAAAGGACCUGUCUGCGGCACCGAUGGGAAGACGUACAGAGACGAGUGCGCCUUGCUGAAAGCGAGGUGUAAAGGUCACCCAGACCUCGAGGUGCAAUAUCAGGGCAAAUGCAAGAAGACAUGUCGUGAUGUUUUGUGCCCGGGAAGCUCUACGUGCGUAGUGGACCAGACCAAUAAUGCGUAUUGUGUGACAUGUAAUCGGAUUUGUCCCGAAGUAACAUCACCUGAACAAUACCUGUGUGGAAACGACGGGAUCAUCUAUGCCAGCGCUUGUCACUUGAGAAGGGCUACAUGCCUUGUUGGCCGAUCAAUUGGAGUUGCAUACGAGGGGAAAUGCAUUAAGGCCAAGUCUUGUGAUGACAUUCAGUGCAGCGCGGGAAAGAAGUGUCUCUGGGAUGCGCGGAUGAGCCGGGGCCGCUGUUCCGUGUGUGGCGAGAUAUGUCCGGAGAGUCGGUCGGACGAGGCCGUGUGCGCCAGCGAUAACACCACGUAUCGCAGCGAGUGCGCCAUGAAGCAGGCCGCUUGCGCUUUGGGGGUUCUCCUGGAAGUUAAGCAUUCUGGAUCUUGCAACUCCAUUAACGAAGACCAGGAGGAUGAGGAUGAGGAUGAAGACCAGGACUACACGGCUUAUAUCCAUUUUUCAUCGUUACUGCACGGAUAAAAACGCCACCACUAUUGGAACCAUCCUAGAGCAAGGAAUCAUGUCCAUACUGUACAUAUGUGUAUGCUUAUUUAUUUUUGAAGACAAAAAAAGAAAAGUAUACAUAUAGUUCGGUCUGCUAGAUGUUUAUUUAUACUGUGUUUUGUGUUUUAUAAUUUAUACAUUUAUGAUGUCUGGCUGACUCUACCAUUUUAUUUAGGUUUUUUUCACUUGUUUUUCAUUGUAAUUUCCUUUCUUUUUUAUUAUGAAGAAAUAUAUUUGUCCAAAGAGAAGCAGUGUUAUUUAUUGUGUGGUACAGUGCUGCCAUGUAAAGUAUAAAUCUUCUGCAAGCUGUAAAUUGCAUUCCGUGAGCUGUAAAAAAUCUGCUUAUAGCUUAUCAUUCUCUAUUUUUCAGAUGUUUAUUUUACACAUAAAUGCAUGUUAGCCUGUGUGUUUUAUUUAUUGGGGAAUCUGUCAUUCACUAUUGUACAUAAAUGUUUCUGGUUUUGUUUACAAUUCAUUAUAACUGACCAAAGGGACUAUCUCAAUGGUUCUGCAAAAGUACUUUAUAUGGUGCAGCACAGUAAUAUUAAAAAAUGAGCCUUUUUCCCCAAAAAGUAGGCCAAUUUUUGUCCUGAAGACAGAGAACUAAUGCAGACAGAGUAGAAAUAUUCAGUAGCAGUAUUCUGUGUUUUCCACAUUCAAAUAUCAAUGGCUUUGGGAAGAUACUUGAUUUGUGUCAAAAAUGUGCCAUUAACAUUUGCCUUUUUUCCCCAAUGCAAUUUUUCAUCAUAUCCAAUGUUCUGCUCCAUAUAGCUCUUGCAGAGCUCCUAGAUUAAGUGGAUAUACAAAGCUAAGUAACAAUAUAUCAGACUUUAUCAAUUUACUUUUUUCACAUUGUUUUAAACAUGCAUUUUUAUUUUCAAACAUGACAAGAUAAAACAUAAAAUCAGUUUGAAAAUAUAUAGUUUUGUAUUUUUUUAUGUAAAUGUAAAAUGUAUAUAAAAAGUUAUGAUGGUAUUUGUACAGAUAUGAAGAGUGAAAAUAAAAUAAAUUUCCCUUAUAA